AUCAUGGAGCUUACGACCACAUACAUAUGUUUAAUCAUUUUAACACAAUUAAAUUAAGUUGUAUUUAGGAAAACAGGGAUUGAGAAAGUGACUUGCACUGUUGAUCUUCAGGAAUUUGAGAUAAUGCCUAACAAAGCCCAGGAGGUAAGUGUAAUUGUUUGUGUUGUCAGUUCCAUGUAUUUUAAAUCAGCAAAGAUUUAUUUGAUGCCUUUCUUAGUUUAAGGCUUUUAAAUCCUUACCAAUGGAUUUUGCAUGGCAUUUUUUUAAGGAUGCUGUGAUUAACCUGAAGACGCUGCAGGAGAUUUCCACUCAGCUCGGUUUUGAGUGGACCAUUCUAGCAUCUGAACUUGGCUUCAACAGAUCUGAGAUCAGCCGGUUCCACACCAGGUCAACAGAGAAGAGUGUGCAUGCCAGGGCUAUGUUGGAGAGCUGGUAUGAGAAGUCAUGGGACAAGCCCAAUAAGACCAAGUUGCUUCAGGAUGGUCUGGAGCAAGCAGGCAGACGGGACCUGGCUGAGAGGCUGCGCUGUCUCCACUGGGGCCACCAGAAGCUGAGCCGCAGGGUGGAGCUGCCCUCCGCCUUCCCCUUCCUCAUCACAGUCCACAAGACCAUCCACAACCAGGACGCUCUGAACAGGAUCAACGAGCUCAACCGCAGAUAGACCUGAGUUUGGGUUACGACGUGAUGCAUAAUUCUCACUUUGUCAGGGGAUGUGUAGGACUUGUGUUGUAUCAAAUUAAAGCUUUGCAAUAAUGAGGAAAAACUAA